GAUGACGUAAGGGGCCGGCAGAGCCCGCCGCUCUGUCCCCUCCCCCCAGAUAUUCCCCUUUCCCCCUCCCUCCUCUGUCAGUGUCUGGCGGUGGGCCGGGCUCUGUAAUUGUGGCAGCGCGGCGGCCCUGAGCCCCCUCCUUCCCCUCCUCUCCUCUUCCUCCUCCUGCCCCUCCUCCUCCUCCAGGCUGCUCACACCCCCCAGCAGGCACACACGUUCUGUCCCCUCUGCCCCUGGGCUCGCACUCUACUCCAACCCUCAGGAAACAUGGCACAGGAUCGGGGAAGCUGCCCCAGAGAUCGGGGCGCCGGGGAUGGCGAGAUGGACAAGUCCAGGAAGGUGGCUCUCAUCACCGGCAUCACUGGCCAGGAUGGUUCAUAUUUGGCUGAAUUCCUCCUGGAAAAGGGUUAUGAGGUCCAUGGAAUUGUACGUCGAUCAAGUUCCUUCAACACAGGGAGGAUUGAACAUCUCUAUAAGAAUCCUCAGGCUCAUAUUGAAGGAAAUAUGAAAUUGCAUUAUGGAGAUCUCACGGACAGUACCUGCCUUGUGAAGAUAAUUAAUGAAGUGAAACCUACAGAAGUCUACAACUUAGGAGCUCAGAGUCAUGUCAAAAUUUCUUUUGAUCUUGCUGAAUAUACUGCUGAUGUUGAUGGUGUUGGCACCCUACGGCUUCUCGAUGCAAUUAAAACUUGUGGCCUUAUCAAUUCUGUAAAGUUCUACCAAGCCUCAACAAGUGAACUUUAUGGGAAAGUACAAGAAAUACCACAAAAGGAGACCACCCCUUUUUAUCCUCGGUCACCAUAUGGAGCAGCAAAACUUUAUGCUUACUGGAUUGUGGUGAACUUCCGCGAGGCCUACAACCUGUUUGCUGUGAAUGGUAUUCUUUUCAAUCAUGAGAGUCCCAGAAGAGGGGCUAAUUUCGUAACGCGAAAAAUUAGCCGAUCUGUAGCUAAGAUUCACCUUGGACAAUUGGAAAGUUUCAGUUUGGGGAAUCUGGAUGCCAAGAGAGAUUGGGGCCAUGCCAAGGACUACGUUGAGGCUAUGUGGCUAAUGUUGCAGACUGAUGAGCCAGAAGACUUUGUCAUUGCUACUGGGGAAGUCCACAGUGUCCGUGAAUUUGUGGAGAAAUCAUUUUUUUACAUUGGGAAAACUAUCGUGUGGGAAGGGAAGAAUGAGAAUGAGGUGGGUCGGUGUAAGGAGACCGGCAAGAUCCACGUGACUGUAGAUCUCAAGUAUUACCGGCCAACUGAAGUGGAUUUUCUGCAAGGAGACUGCACCAAAGCAAAACAAAAACUAAACUGGAAGCCCCGGGUCGCUUUUGAUGAACUGGUGAAAGAGAUGGUCGAGGCUGAUGUGGCUCUUAUGAAGCACAACCCCAAUGCCUAAGCUGACUUCUGGUCCUGGGCGGGACAGCUGGUCUCCUGAAGAGAUAUGAUUACCUUAGCCAACCCUCAGGAGGGUUAGGGUGGAGGGUUCAUUUUGCCUUGUAAUCAUUCGGUGGAGGGCAUCUGACUGCAGAAGGGGGAUUGACAAUUGAUGUGGUAGAGGAGAGGAAGAUUUAGUCACCUCCAAGGGUUAUUUUUUCUUUCUUUUCAAUUCUCCAUUGCCAUUUAUUGUCUCUCCUUGUCUGGAAAAAAAAGAAUCUUUCACUCCCAGAAAGACUGUAAAAUCGAAACUGUGACUACUCCAAUGCUUGGUUCCACAUUUUCUCAUUAUAGAUGCUUCAUCUGAAGGAUUUUAUGUAAUCAGUAAGAUGGUUUAAUCACAAAUCGCUCAUUUUACUUUAAAUUAUGUUGUAAGACAACAGAAAUUGUGGGGCCUUUGAAUUGUCUAAUUUUUUCUUAUUAAACUGAUCUUUCUACAAACCAGGAUCAAGAGAGUAUCACUAUUUUCUGGAACUCCGGUGUGAGAAUCAACAAAACAAAAGCCUAUUCACACACCCCUCCAUUUCGUUUUGUUCAUUCGUAUCCCCUUACCGUUAUCUCUUCAAUUUCAUUCUCUUAAUUUGUACC